CCCCUGGUAUGGGUGGCAUGGCCGGGGUUGGGUGGGAGGGGGUGGCAGGAAGGAGAGCAGGAGGGUGCUACCCUCACUGGUCCCUCAUGCGAAGCUUCCCUCACUGCAGGAUGCAGACCCCUCUGAAGUUUACCGGCCAGAGGCAGGGGCUGAGCAUGGGAAGCUGAAAACAGACUACAGGAAUUACACGGUGAGCUCCUGCUGCCCUGUCGCCUGCACCGGCUGUCUGGGACCUACCCCGUGGGGUGCAGAAUACGGAGCCUGCGCCCAGCGCCGAAUGAGCAUCAUGGAGGCCUUGGAUUUACUGGACAAUGUGGUGGAUGAAUCGGACCCGGACGUGGACUUUCCCAACUCCUACCACGCAUACCAGACUGCCGAGGGCAUCCGCCGGGCCCACCCGGACAAAGACUGGUUCCAGCUGGUCGGGCUGCUGCAUGACAUGGGCAAAAUCCUGGCCCUGGCCGGGGAGCCUCAGUGGGCUGUGGUGGGCGACACGUUCCCUGUGGGCUGCAGGGUCCAGGAGUCUGUCGUCUUCAGCGACUCCACCUUCCAUGACAACCCCGACACAAAAAACCCCCUGUACAACACACAAUACGGGAUCUACCAGCCUCACUGCGGCCUGGCCAACGUGCUUAUGUCCUGGGGCCAUGAUGAGUACAUGUACCAAGUCAUGAAAUUCAACAACUUUGCUCUCCCUCAGGAGGCUUUCUACAUGAUCCGCUUCCACUCAUUCUACCCCUGGCACACGGGCGGGGACUACAUGCACCUGUGCACCAAUGAGGACCUGCACAUGCUGGCCUGGGUCAAGGAGUUCAACAAGUUUGAUCUGUACACCAAGUGCGAGGAACUGCCCGACGUGACGCAGCUGAAGCCCUAUUACCAGUCCCUGAUUGACAAGUACUGCCCAGGCCAACUGUGCUGGUGACCAGCUGAGCAAGCAGCUGCCUGCCCCCAAGGCCGCAUCCUCACCCAGCUGGAUGAGCUCAGUCCGUGAGCACAACAGGAGCCAGCCUCCAGGCCCCAAGAAACAACCCCCACUCAGGCCUGGCCCUACAUUCCCCCACCAGUCAGCCUACAAGGAGGUCCCCUGAGCCAGUGCAGCUGGGCUGGGCUGCUAGGGGAGCCAAUAGCCCCGCACCAGCAAAGGCACAUGCAGGUGGAAGAGGUGAGAUGAGAUGGUUCCCCUCACUGCCACACUUCUCAUUCUGUUCCCCACUCCUGCUCGCUGAGGCCCAGGUACUGCAGAAUGGCACAUGGGCAAAGAGCAUGCUGCAGACACCCCCUCUGGGCCAGUCACGCUGCCUCAUCCCUCACGACAGCUCCCACCACACAGCACUGCUUCGGUUUGCCCCUUACUCUGCCCCUGCACAAGCAAGAGCUGAAAGCCCCCAGCCCAGCUCAGAGCGUUAGCUCUCUGCAGCCAGGGGGCAGGUAUGGCAGACGGUGAGUGAUCUUCUCCAGGGGAGCACCGUUGUGCUGGGGGUUGUUCCUAGAACUCAAUAAAUGGGGUGUUAGCAUACACGGUACUGGAUCUGUUACAUGCCUGCUGCAGAGCCCCACAGAACUAGCCUCACAGCAAAGGGAGUGGGGGUACUGAGCUGAUGCUAGGCCUCAGCUUCUCCCCACACACCAUGUUGGGGCCACUCCUAAAUCUUCUUGACUGGCCUGGGUCUCCUAAGAGGGCUGCCGCCACCAUUGCUGCAGCACCCCUGCAACCAACUGUCUGCCUCUGCCCUUCUUCCUUCACUACCAGCAUGCACUCCGGCCUGGCCCCCAAGGCUCCAGUGCAAACUCUGAGCACCAGGCUGACCUGCUGUAAGCUGGGUAACAGGCUGCAGCAGACCCCAGCUUCCCCAUGCCAACUACUUUCCGCUGCCCCAGUAACGAUUGGUGCCUCUUCUUGAUGAGCCAGGGCCUGGGCUUGACUCCCCCCUCUCCCCUUCUGACUCUGGGGAGCAGCACACACUCACUUUUACCUCUGCUCCAGCCCCAGCCCCUCUAGGCUCAGCCCAAGGCCCUCAUGCAGCUCACCAGGCCUGCACACGCAGCAUCUCCUCCUCCACCAACACUCCUUUAUUCUCCUCCAGGGGUGGUGCAUGCGGACAAUCUGGCUUUCUAAGGGGGCGCUGAAGGGGCCCGAGCCCCAGGACACAAGCUGGGCUGCUGGAAGCCAUGCAAGAGGCUAGAGCUGCCAAGAAAGGCAGCUGGCACUGCCCUGGCACACUCAGCAGCCUGCAGGAGGUAGUACGGGGAGGCUGUAGGCCUGACAGAAGAGAAACAAGGCUGAAGGCCAAACAACAUGAGGGCUCAGCCCUGACACCCUGGGCUGGGAGGGGGGAGGAAAGGGUUUUUUUUUU